CCGGGCGGCCAGGAAGCGGCCAGUUGCGGUACAGAGCUGCAGAGCUCAGAAUAUCUUUCUGGUCCCGCCUGCUCUCAGCUCAGGGCGCCCCGCUCGGCCAUGGAGCCGGCCCCCGAUGCGGAGGAGGCGCGCACGGUGCGCGAGGCGCUGGGCCGCUACGAGGCGGCGCUUGAGGGCGCGGUGCGUGCGCUGCACGAGGACAUGCAGGGGCUGCAGCGCGGCGUGGAGCGGCGCGUGGCCGAUGCGUUGCGUCUGGCAGGCCCGCUGGCACAUACUGUGGCAGAUCUGCAGCGCGACAACCAGCGGCUGCAAGCGCAGCUCGAGCGCUUGACGCACCAGGUGGAGGCGCUGGGCUUGGCGACCGGGCUGUCCCCCGCUGCCAGCACGCCUGGCACGCCUAGUCCCCCGCCCACGGCCCGGGAGCGCGCGCCCCGCCUGGGCACCGCACGCUUCGCCAGCCACGCCACCGUCUCGCUGUCCGGCCGCGGCCAGAGUGUGGAUCACGAUGAAUCCAGUGAGCUGGAGAUGAGAAGAACCUCAAACUUGGGCAUCCUUGAGAAUGGGCACCAGCCCGGGGCAGGCCCAGGUGAUGGACCCCCCGAGACCAUCCAAACCUUCCCGGCACCAGAGCCCCCCAAGCCUCGCCCUGUGAGCCUCUCCUUGCGGCUGCCCCACCAGCCGGUCACGGCCGUCACCCGAGUCUCCGAGAGGUUCUCUGGGGAGACCUCAGCCACGGCUCUGUCACCCACAUCUGCUGCCAUCCUGGGGAGCCUCAGCCCAAGCCCCAGUGAAGCUAUCACUCCCUGGACUCCCAGCCCCAGUGAGAAGAAUUCCUCUUUCACGCGGUCUUUGUCCGGCUCUGGCUGUGGGGCAGUGAUGGCCGGCAGGAGGAAGGACAGCCCACCUCUGGUGAUGCCACCCCAGUCGUCCCCGUCCCCGCAGCCACCAUCCACGACUCAGGCUCAUCGCCAAGGGGAGCGCCGCAGGGAGCUGGUGAGGUCGCAGACGCUGCCCCGCACGUCAGAGGCGCAGGCCCGGAAGGCUUUGUUUGAGAAGUGGGAGCAGGAUACAGCUGGCAAGGGGAAAGGCGAGGCCCGGGGAAAGCUGAGGCGGUCGCAGAGCUUCGGGGUAGCCAGUGCCAGCAGCAUCAAGCAGAUCCUGCUCGAAUGGUGCCGCAGCAAGACGCUUGGCUACCAGCACGUGGACCUGCAGAACUUCUCCUCCAGCUGGAGCGACGGGAUGGCCUUCUGUGCCCUGGUGCACUCCUUCUUCCCUGAUGCCUUCGACUACAGUGCCCUGAGCCCCACGCAGCGGCAGAAGAACUUCGAGCUGGCCUUCACCAUGGCUGAGAAUCUGGCCAACUGUGAGCGCCUCAUCGAAGUGGAGGAUAUGAUGGUGAUGGGCCGCAAGCCAGACCCCAUGUGUGUCUUUACCUACGUCCAGUCACUGUACAACCACCUGCGUCGCUUCGAAUAAAGCCUGGUGGACCUGGAUAGCCAACACACAGCCCCAGAAAGAGACUGUGGGGGCUGCAUGUUCUCUCCCGAGUCAGGACGAACCUAGGGGAGAGCUGCAUUGGGGUGUUAGAGAGCUGUUUGUUCUGUGGCGUGUCACUGGGCCCCGCUGCGUGCCCAGCUGUGUUUCUGAUGAAACGUGCUGCAGAGCUGGGCUCCGACAGUGCUGCUCACAGCCAAGGGCUUGAAGGAAAAGGAGAAAUUCCCGGAGAGAGAGAGAGUUUGGUGCUAAGUAAUUACCUUCUUAAAAAAUGCUUGUCUUUGUAGAUUCCGGGAUGCUAAAUUACAGUUCUCCCUCUAGUGAAUAUGAUCCAUUGGCUUCGCAGGGUUAUGCUGAUUACCAAGUGUUUUUUAUCAAAAUACCCAGGGUUUUUUACUUCCUCACACUAUUGUAGGUUUUUUUCCUCCCUCCCUCUGGGCCACCGCCAGGAAACAGACUGCUUAAUCAGCAGCCCGACAAAGAAGACCGAAGUCUUGGGAAGAAACGGUUUAAUCACUCCCAGGUCUUGGGCAAGAGAUGACCUUCAAGUCACCUCUGCUCUCUGGGGAGAUGGGCAGGCUCUUGGUCCCGGAUCCCCCCGGACUUCCCAGGGAGGCCCCACAAGUGUUCAGCUAAGAAUAGGCUCUCGGGAAGUUAACACUUUUGGGGAAGGACAGGCUCUUUGUGCUGAGAGGUAGUUUUAACUCAUGUCUUUUUUUUAGAGGAUUUGCUGCGGAUAUUUAUAAAAAGACAAGUAACUUCUUCUGUACCGGUGACCGUUUGUACAUAAAAAGAUGUGCCAAACUUCA